AUGCCUUCUUUUUCAGUUUCAACUCUCGUACUUCUUCUUUCGGCGUCUGGUCACGCCGCAUAUAUCGCCAAACGCGAGAUCAAUGUUGCGGCAAAUCUUCCAAAUGGAUGGACUUACAAGGGCUGCUAUACCGAUGGACCUAGCCGUCAACUGGCUCGAGCCAGCUACGCGGAUCCUUCCAUGACAGAAGAGUCUUGCGUCAAUUUCUGCCAAGACCAUGGCUUUCCUGUAGCUGGGGUUGAGUAUUCUUCGGAGUGUUGGUGUGACUACAAAAUCCCCGCCGAACGGAGGCCUGAGACGGACUGCAACAUGGUCUGCAGCGGCGAUUCGACAGAGUACUGCGGCGCGGGCAAUAGGUUGACCGUCUUUUCCAAUGGAGGGACUAGUCCUGCUGUCAAUCCUGGCCCUUCAGGCUGGACAUCUCUCGGUUGCUACACGGAUAGCGGCACCCGAACGCUCUCAUACCGAGCGAGCGUAUCAGGAGGCGACUCUGCAACGUCCGUUCUGCAAUGCACCACUGCAUGCACAGCCGCUGGCUUCGCGUUUGCUGGAGUGGAAUACGAGGACGACUGCAACAUGCUGUGCGGAGGUAACAAUUCCGAACUCUGCGGCGGACCCAACCGUAUCAAUCUCUACAAGGGGGCAGUUGCUCCAAAGACACCCAGCGUAUUGCCCACAGGGUGGAAAUCCCAAGGUUGUUUGAAAGACAACAUUGGCGGCCGAACCCUCGGUGUUUAUGUCGGUGUGGAAGGUGGUAAAACGAAUGUUGCCAAUUGCAUUGCGGCAUGCGCUGCAGCUGGCUACACCUUGGCUGGUGUUGAGUAUGCGCAAGAAUGCUGGUGUGAUAACUCCAUCAAGUUUGGUGGCGUCCCUACAACUGACGGCUGCUACAUGCCCUGCAAGGGCAACACGGCGGAGAUGUGCGGUGGCCCCGAUCGACUCAAUCUCUACCCGCUUGCGUCACUGGACCUGGGCUUCUCAACAACAUCGUCUUCAGCCAUUGUCAUUCCAUCUUCCAGUUCGACAACUUCUUUGCCAACAUUUUCCACCUCCAUAACGUCUGUCAUUGCGCUCUCCUCCUCCAUUUCAUCUAUUGGCACCACUCUGGUGACUUCAUCCACCACACUCAUUUCCAUCGUUUCUAGUACGACAACCACGCCCACAUCUUCAACCAUUUUGAGCAUUUCCACGUCUAGCUCAAUAGUUAUUCCUCAAGCGUCUCUUUCAACAUCAUCAACUGCUCCUGCCGGCGCAGCAGCGAGUGCUUGCACCAGAACGUCUCCUGACAGUGCUUACGUCAAGAACGCUGGUUUCGAGAGUGGCCUUGCUAGCUGGGCCUUCAAGGUUACGUCGGGAGAUGUUACGGCAGAAGUCAUCACUGACAACCAUCCAAUGGGCGGAUGUUCAGCUCUCAUGUUGACACCCCGUUCCUCUCCAUCUGACGGCGUGCGCCGGGCUGUCCUUCGCCAGACACUUGCCGGUGUCAAUAUCACUGAACCAAGAGCAUUUGCCGGCUUCUUUGGUCGACUAACUAAAGCCACGAUUGAUGAUGGCGGUCCUCAAAUUACCGUCAACUACGGAGGAGUGCGCAUUCACCAGUGGGACGCCUGUGGAUCUUCUCAGAAUAAAUGCAACCUCAACGCUCCUGGUACAUUGGGCUAUUACAGGAUAGUUACCAAGCUAUCGCUUAGUCUCGCCGCGGCGAAGAACACAGAUAUCGCGGUGGAAGUUGUUUGGAGUGAUACUAAUGGAAAGAACAACCCGGUUCUAUUGGACGACAUCAUCCUCCUGGAGGAGCGUUGA